UUUUUAGUUUUGUAUAUCAUAUGGGCAUAUCUUCCUGAAAGUUGGCUCCAUUAUGUUGGCCUGACCUAUUGGCCACAAAAGUAUUGGGCGUUGGCUGUGCCUGUGUACUGCUCUGUGUGUGUUCCAUUCCUCUACUUCUUCUACACAGCUUACAACUUCAGCAUUACACUGCCACUUGAUUCUAUUAACACUAUGCAAGAUGACUAUUCCAGAUCGCCAUCUCAAGUUGCCGAUCCAACAGUCGCAAUUCCCCCCAUAUCAGAUAUUCCAAUAAGUGAAGUUAAUAGGCAUUUGUACAGAAGUUUGCCAACUGAUGUAAACUGAAUUGCAUAAUCGUAAUGCAGGUUGUUAGACCUCUGUAGAGAAGGCCAGCAUACAGAAACCGAAUAGGACCUGGGACUUACAAGAUGUUCUCCAUACUGUAGAUUCCAUGUAGCUUAUCUUGACAUUGUAGAGGCAGUGGUUGCAGUCUGUCCAGGCUUAAGCAUUGUGGUUGUUGAGACUUUGAAUCCCACCCAGUCUAUUAAAUACUACUGUAAAUGUCAUUUGUAAAAAAGUAUUAUAUUGAAAUACAGUGCUCCCACCUAUUUCAAUUUAUUCCCUUUAAUAAGUGCAUGGGUGCUAUUUAAAUACAUGC